AUGUUUUCAAACCAAGGUCAACUACCUUCGGAGGGAUCUUCCUUCUAUGACUUACAUGCCAAGGGUUUCCAAGGUAUUCCCAAUACUCAAGUAUUCAGAGCGGGCCAGCAAUCUUCUGACACACCCACUCAAGGUGUUUCAAGAGCUUCUAAACUGAGCGCUACUGCUGAAGAAUCUAAGCCUGGCUCCACAGCGACCAGCAACGGGGUGAAUCUUGCUGGAUAG